CAAUCAGAACCUAGAAUCAACUAAUGCAGUUUGAUCCCUGUUUGACUCCUAUCUGAGAACAGAGAGGGGUUGGACUUCAAACUUCAACCUUACAGCAAUAAAGACACUGGCUUCACCAGAAACUCCAAUGUAGCAGUACAAAGUUUGCUUGUUGCUUAAGUAAUUAAAAGCUUGGUGAAGGCAUUGACAGAGACACAUUUCACUUCAGCGUCCAACAAAAAAUAAACAUCAUUUUGGCAGAAAUACAGAAGGAAAGACCAGGAUUCAGCUCUUUGUCUCUGUAAUUUCUUACCAAGAAUUAAUUUUGCAGUCUCAUCACUGAACGAGUCACUGACAAUGUAAACUAACUAGAGGAGAAUGGAUGAGGAUUUUAGAAAACCUGGGAACACCAGAGAGGGCUCAAAACUGUUCCAAAGCUUAUUUCCAGGGUGUAUCAGGUCAAGUUACAGUGAAGAUGAAGGUUCUCUCAUUCUGUCACAGACCCAGAGCCAGCUCCCCUCUCCCUGGUUUUAUUGUUUUCUUCUUUACUUGUUAUGUUCACAAGAUGGAAUCAGCAAAGUUCACAGUGAUUGGACCCCAUAACACUGUUGCUGCCAUCCUGGGUCAGGAAGCUGUGUUACCCUGUCACCUGUUCCCCCGGAUGAGCGCUGCAAACAUGGAGGUGAGAUGGUUCCGAUCUCAGUUUGUACCCUUUGUGCACCUGUAUCGUGAUGGGAAGGAUCAGUAUGAAAGGCAGAUGCCAGAAUACCAGGGAAGGACGGAGCUUUUGAAAGCCGGACUCACAGAUGGAAAUGUUCACUUGAGGAUUCUCAAUAUCAGACACUCUGAUGAAGGACAAUACCACUGCUUUGUUCAAGAUGAUACUUUUUAUGAAGAAACCGUAUUGGAACUGCGAGUAGCAGGUCUGGGCUCUGCUCCUCUCAUCUCUGUUGAGGGUCACCAGGAUGGAGGGAUCCGGGUGGUUUGUCGAUCAGCUGGUUGGUACCCAGAGCCUGAGAUACAGUGGAAAGGUCUCAAUGGGCGACGUUUACCAUCACUCUCUGAAACUAAAUCCCAAGGGUAUAACAACCUGUUUGAAACAGAAACUGUGAUCAUUGUAACAGAACAGUCAAACCAAAACUUGUCCUGUUGCAUCAGGAACGCCGUUCUCAAUCAAGAAAAGGAAUCAGCAGUUUAUAUGGCAGAUCCAUUUUUCCCGAAAGUGAAUUCCUGGAUGGUGGCUCUGAGUAUGAUCUUAGUGGUUUUGUUUGGUUUCAUUGGCCUCACUGUUUAUCUCUUUAAAAUGAAAGGGAAACUUACUGAAGAAGUUGGCAAACAAGAUAUAGAAAUUGACCAACGAGAUAAAGAAAUAAGCAAACUACAUAUAGAAAUUGAGAAACGAGAUAACGAAAUAAGGUGGAGAAGAUCUGUGGCACCUGUAGAAGAAGCGAAUGUGACUCUGGAUCCAGACACGGCUCAUCCCAAACUCAUCCUGUCUGAGGAUCGGAAAAGUGUGAAAUGGGGAGGCAUGUGGCAGCAUCUGUCCAACAACCCUGAGAGAUUUGACACUGUGUUCUGUGUGCUGGGCUGUGAGGGAUUCACCUUGGGAAGACAUUGCUGGGAGGUGGAGGUGGGGGAUGGGACAUUUUGGGCUGUGGGGGUGGCCAGAGAGUCUGUGGAGAGGAAAGGAUGGAUCAGCCGUAGCCCAGAGGGAGGGAUCUGGGCUGUGGAGUGGUGGUGGGGUCAGUUCCGGGCUCUCACCUCCCCUGUGACCCUCCUGCCCCUAACCCGGGCCCCCAGCAGGGUCCGGAUUUGUCUGGACUGUGAACGGGGUCAGGUGACAUUUAUUGAUGCUGGUGAUGACACCCAGAUCUUCACUUUCCCGCCGGGCUCCAUCCCUCGGGAGAGAAUCCGACCCUGGCUCUGGGUCUUGGGACCCCAGCUCAGACUGUGUCCGUGAUACUGGGGACCCUGAAAUUAGCAUCUCUUACCUCACACACCCCAGUCUCUAUGAAUCUAGAGGACUCCCAUCUAUCCAGCCUCUGGCUUCUCAUCUCUAUGACCCCUGGAAGCUCCUUCCCCUCCCUGCAUCCCCAGGGAUGGAAGGGGGGUGAAGAACCCCUGUAGCUGCAGAAGGAGCAGAGGGGCCCUGAAGGGCAGAGGUGGGGGCUGGGCA